CAACAUGUGUAACUGUGUGUCCAGACUGUCCACACACAGAGCAGCAGGGGCGGGGAAGAGGGAGGACCAGACCCAUUUUUUUUUCUUUUUAAAACCACAUUUACAUUGCUAAUAGGUCCUAUUGUUCAGUUCUGCAACACUAUUGGCUGUUAAAAUGUGUAAAUAGGCCCGUUUAUUUGGCCUCCUAGAACAACAUGUGAAAGGUUAAACAAAGGUUUAGCAGUUGUUUUCUAAAUUUGGGUUUCUGGGGGUUAAAAAGCUAAAUAAAACGUCGACCUCCAUCGUUUAAAGUUCCUUCUCCCUUCUGCCCAACGGUUCCACGGUUGCUAGGCGACGGAACGUUCGCCGACCGAGGGAGUUCAUGAAGGCUAGGCCUGUCCAAAUUCACAGCCGUUAACAUCCGGUCUACCCGGCCGACGGAGGACGCAGCCCACGUCGGCCGGGUGGGCUGGGUCCUUCGAAGGAUGCAGACCCUGAAUUGAGACACAGCCAAAGACACACAGCAGAGCACAUGCGGGUGGAGGGAGACGAGAGGGAAUGAGGAGGAGGAAAAAGGCGAGCGAGAGAGAGGAGAGUGCGGCGAAGACGCGUCAGACAGCUGAUGAAAACAGAGUUUAAAACCCACCACCUGCGCUGUAGAGCUGCAGAGGAGAAGGAGCAGAGACUCCACACUGAUCUUCGUCUCCACUGGCUGGUUUAACACAGAAUGGCAGAUUUUGGCCUGUAUGCUUACCAGGAGGAGGUGGUGCAAAGGGCCCUCAAGGGAGAAAACGUGAUCAUUUGGCUCCCAACAGGAGGCGGUAAGACCCGGGCUGCUGUGUAUGUGGCCAAGAAGCAUCUGGAGACCACAGCCAAUGCAAAGGUGAUGGUCCUGGUGAACAAGGUUCACCUUGUGGACCAACAUUACAACAAAGAAUUCGAGCCAAUUCUGGGUAGUCGUUAUCAGCUUGCGAAGGUGAGUGGAGACAGCGAGGAGAAGGAUUUCUUUGGGAAAGUGGUGCAGAGCAAAGCUUUGAUCAUCUGCACGGCACAGAUCCUGUACAAUGCCAUGAUUAACAAAGAGGAGUUCAAACACGUUGAGCUCUCAGAUAUCACUCUGCUGAUAAUAGAUGAGUGUCACCACACCCACAAGGAGUCAGUCUACAACAAGAUCAUGAGAUGCUAUGUGGAGAAAAAGCUGCUGAGACAGAAGCCGUUGCCACAGAUCCUGGGUCUCACAGCAUCACCUGGGACAGGUGGAAAAAGCACGCUGGACUGUGCUGUGGAGCACGUUCUGCAGAUAUGUGCCAACUUGGACUCUGUCAUUGUCUCGACUAAAAACUACGUCCCUGAGCUGAAGAAAAACGUUCCCAAACCCAUGAAGACCUUCGACAUAGUGGAAAAACGUGGUGCAGAUCCAUUUGGAGAUCGCUUGAAGUGGAUAAUGAAGCAGAUCCAUGAGUACAUGGAUGUUCCUCCCGACUUCAAGCUGAGAGAAUGUGGCACACAAGAGUAUGAGGGAGAUGUCAUGAUUCUAGAACAGCGAGGAGUUAGAGAGAAUAACAGACGUCUAGCACAAUGUGCAAUCCAUCUGAGGGAGUACAAUGAUGCCUUGCUCAUCAACGACACCCUGAGAAUGAUGGAUGCAUUUCGUUCUCUGGAGGAGUUCUACAGCACAAAGGCUGCCAAGGCCUUUGAUGGAACAGACAUCUUUCUGGUGGGGCUUUUCAAUGAAAAUCAGGUGGAGCUGAAGAAUCUGGCCACAAAUGUUGUCUAUGAGAACCCCAAAAUGGCCAAGCUUGAGAGUGUUCUGUUAAACCAGUUCACCCCAGGAGUCCAGUCUAAAGGAAUCCUGUUUUCUAAAACCCGGAAAAGCACCCACUGCCUCUACGACUGGGUCACCAAAAACACGGCCUUGCAGGAAGCGGGCGUCAAGGCAGACAUCCUGACUGGAGCUGGGAACGGCAACACUCACAUGACACAGAACGAGCAGUCAAACACGAUCCGCAGAUUCCGCAAGGGGAGUCUCAACCUCCUGAUCUCUACCAGUGUAGCCGAAGAAGGCCUUGACAUCCCAGAAUGCAACCUGGUGGUACGCUACGGACUCCUCACCAACGAGAUAGCCCAGCAGCAGGCCAGUGGACGAGCCAGAGCGAGAGACAGCCAGUAUUCAGUGGUUGCUCAAGCAGGAGGCCCGGAGCUCCGCCGAGAACACAUCAACGAUUUCCUGGAGGAGCUGACCCAAAAGGCCAUUGCCAAGGUCCAGAGUAUGAGAGAUGCAGAGUUUUACAGAAAGAGAAUCGAACUUCAAAUAGAGGCUGUCAGUUCCAGUAAAACAUCAGAGGACUGUAAAACAGAGAAGAAGGGUCUCUUUGCUGCCUCCAACGUCAAGAUCCUGUGCAGGAGCUGUUUUAAAGCAGUGGCAUCUGGAAGCGACGUCAAACUUCUGGAGAAUUCUCACUAUGUCAACAUAAAUCCAGACUUCAAGGAGUUCUACCGCCAAGGUGAAAGGGUGCUUCUGCAAAAACGCUUUGAGGACUGGGAGCCUGGCUGCACAGUUAUUUGUAAUAAUGGCAAUUGCAACAAGGAUUGGGGAUUUGAAAUGAAGUACAAGGAGAGCAACUUACUGCCAAACAUGGCCAUUAAAAACUUUGCCCUGGAGACUCCAGUUGGAAGGAUGACUGUGAAGAAGUGGAAAGACGCUCCCUUCAUGGUAGAGGAAUUCAGCUUUGAGGAGUACUGCUACAACAACAUGCCUGACUUAUUUGAUUAAAAUACAGAUAGGCUCGGCGCUGAUUUCACACUCCACUUUACUUUGUUCUUCCUUUCAACUUCAGGUGGUUAAACAACUAAUGUACUGUUAAAUGCUCUUAAGCUUCAGCUCCUGCUUUUAAAAAUUCACUCCACACGUUCUACGUCUUAAAUGCGCUGGCGGGCCAGCGCGAUAGCAGCGCGCUGAAACCCCAUUACUGCCUGAAAUUAGCGUGACAGCUUUGUUUAUGCCCAAGGUUGUAGUUCUGUUACACAUUUGGUAUGCACUUCCUUUCAUUCAAUUGGGUCAAAUAUUGUAGAAAACCUAAAAAAUAUUUUAACUGAUAGGAAUAUUUUAUAAUCACAAACAAGAUGUGUUGCACAAACAAAAUUUAGAUCCUUUUAGCAAAGUCCCUCUUAGACUGAUGAUAUAGUUUAUAUAUAUUUUUUACUUAUAUGUGCACCUUAAUACCUGAACAUGGUGAACUAGUGAGUGGAUCUAAAGUCAGAUGCUUUUAAUAUCCACUAGGUGGCAGUGUUGGCUAGCCAACCGUCCUUCAACUGUUUUGAACAGUUUUUAGAGGUUUUAUCUGUUUUUAAUCUCACUGGUGCUCAGCCAAUAAACACAAGUGAUUAAAUCCUAAAAUAUAAUGCUGUAAACAUGACAACAAGGAUAUUUUUUACUGUUAGUAAAUAAACUUUACUGGCACAUUGUAGGAAGAAUUCAUAUUUGCUCCACAAAAAUGAAAAUGAACCAUAAGGCACAACAGCUUAAAUUGCUGUGUGUUUAUGUCUUCAACAAAGGAAAUGAAAUCAGAUUGUCAGGAAAGAAAGUUUUAAUAGAUUUCUUAAAUAUAAAAAGGUCAAAGAAAAUAAAUGUGCUUCAAAACAACCUUUUCUAUGAAAACAAAAUCACGUUUGAACUUUUUGUUUAUUUUUCUGUACCAGGUCACCAUAGAAUCAUACUUUUUUUUAAGCUUUGAUGAAAUAUUCUUGUUUUCUUGUGUUGCAAGAAAAAUAUUUAUUAAUAAAAUCCUUACUUGAA